AUGUCUGCACAGGAUCAGCCAAGUGAAAGUAAACUUUGGGGUGGUAGGUUCACUGGGCCCACUGAUCCCUUGAUGGAUCUUUACAAUGCGAGCUUGCCCUAUGAUAAGAUAAUGUAUGAGGCGGAUUUGACUGGUACUAAAGUAUAUACUCAAGGAUUGAAUAAAUUGAAAUUGAUUUCUGAUGAGGAAUUGGUCAAGAUCCAUGAGGGACUAGAAAUUAUCAGGCAGGAAUGGGCUGAGAAUAAGUUUGUUGAAAAGCCAGGGGACGAGGAUAUACAUACGGCAAAUGAAAGAAGAUUAGGUGAGAUUAUUGGCAAGCAUAUUGCCGGGAAAGUCCAUACUGGUAGAUCGAGAAACGACCAAGUUGCAACAGAUAUGAGAAUCUUUGUACGUGAGUCGUUGAAGAAUUUGAGUCUCAAAUUGAAGGCAUUUAUUGAAACAAUUUUGAAGAGAGCUGAAAGUGAAAUAUCAGUAUUGAUGCCAGGAUAUACCCAUUUGCAAAGAGCACAACCGAUUAGAUGGUCUCACUGGUUGAGUUCAUAUGCAACCUACUUUACUGAAGAUUAUAAUAGAUUGCAACAAGUUAUAGAAAGAGUUAAUAAGUCGCCAUUGGGGGCCGGGGCCUUGGCGGGUCAUCCAUACGGUAUUGAUCGUGAAUUUUUGGCAAAAGGCUUGAAUUUUGACGGCGUUAUAGGUAACUCGCUAACAGCUGUGAGUGAUCGUGACUUUGUAGUUGAGACAUUAUUUUGGGGUACUUUACUCAUGAAUCAUAUUUCGAGAUUUGCAGAAGACUUGAUUAUCUAUUCCACAGCAGAAUUCGGUUUUGUUAAGUUGGCAGAUGCAUACUCUACCGGUAGUUCGUUGAUGCCGCAAAAGAAAAAUCCUGAUUCAUUGGAGUUGUUGAGAGGUAAAAGUGGAAGAGUGUUUGGUGGACUAGCGGGUUUCUUGAUGUCGACAAAAUCUAUUCCUUCUACUUAUAACAAGGAUAUGCAAGAAGACAAAGAGCCAUUAUUUGAUGCUUUGACCACUGUUGAGCAUUCAAUUUUGAUAGCUACCGGAGUAAUAAGUACCUUGACAAUUAACAAAGAGAAGAUGGAGGCUGCUUUGACCAUGGAUAUGUUGGCUACCGAUUUAGCUGACUAUCUAGUUAGAAAAGGUGUACCAUUUAGAGAAACACACCACAUUUCCGGUGAAUGCGUUAGAAAAGCUGAGGACGAAAAAUUGAGUGGCAUUGACCAACUUAGCUUUGAACAAUUCAAAGAAAUUGAUGAUAGAUUUGAAAAAGACGUUAUGGAUAGUUUUGAUUUUGAGGUAAGUGUUGAAAGAAGAAGCGCCAUUGGCGGUACUGCAAAGAGUGCUGUUUUGAAACAAUUGGAAAAUUUAAAGGCCCAGAUUAAGUAG